AUGUUGCUGAGGAGCAGGGAACUCCGAGAGGAAGUUGGCGCUGCUGAAGAACGCCAUCGUGAACUAAUGCUGCAAAAGAAAGAUCUAGCCGUCGAAGCUGAUACCGUCAAAACCUCAGGUGUCCAACUCGAACCACGCCUAACCGAGCUCCAACAAAAGAUCACAGAAUGCGAUAACAUGGUAUCGCAAGCGCGUAAAAACGAAGCUGACGCCCUGAUGCCGUACGGUAAGAACAUCAAGGAGGUGGUGAAGAAGAUACAGGGGAUGAAGUGGUAUGGGGACGUACCGAUUGGGCCGCUUGGGGUGCAUGUGAAGGCUAGGGAGCCGGAGAAGUGGGGGGAGAUUUUGAGGGUCCAGUUGGGUGUUUAUUUGACUGCUUUUGCUGUUACGGAUGCGAGGGAUCGGGGGGGGGGGUUAAGAGGGUUUUGGGGGAGUUUGGGAAGUGAGUUUUUUUUGGUUUGUUGCUUUUGGUUUUGGCGCUCUUUUGGGCGGUUGCGUGUUUGCAAGGAGGCACAGCAGGCUUUGAUGAGUCUAGGGAGGGGCGGUACGGCUUGGUCUGCUGAUGGGUUUAAUGUUCGUGUGUUCAGGGUGUUACGUUCUCUUUGGGGUGUUGUCUUCAUGCCGUGUGUAUGUGAGGUGUACUUUCUUUCUUUUGGCGUGUUCCUUUCUUUCCUUCUACGUGCUUUGCUUGCAAUGUGUACUAAUCAUGGAGAGAACAGGGAAGGAGGCGUGGCUAGUUCGCCGUUGAAUAUGAGAGGAUUGCAAGGUGCUAUGAAUCUUUUGUUGACUGGACGGGAUACUGUUUCUGAAAUUUGGUGGGUCGUUCUGUCCCUUGUGUCAAGUUGGCUUGGGCUGAUAGCGGUGUACAAGGCAUUAAAAUGA